GGCAACGCUGUUAAAAAUUUAUUUUGAAUAAAUAUUUGGAAAUUCAUUUCAUUUGAUGGUGACGCCGUAGUAUUUUAUGAAUUAAUAAAAAAUUGGUUGAAGCGCAACAUUUUACGUAAUGGGUGUUCCAGCUGGCAAUGCGGAGAACGGAAAGAAAAUUUUCAUGCAGAAAUGUUCCCAAUGUCAUCCGGUUGAGAAGGGUGCACGACAUAAGGUUGGACCAAAUCUGCAUGGUGUAGUUGGACGAAAGAGCGGUUCAAUCGGUGAUUAUAAAUAUACGGAUGCCAAUAAGAGUAAAGGUGUUACUUGGACUGAAGACGCAUUGUUUGAGUACUUGGAGAAUCCCAAGAAGUACAUACCAGGCACAAAAAUGGUGUUCGCCGGUCUGAAGAAGUCUGAAGACCGCGCUGAUAUUAUUGCGUUUUUGAAAACCGCUAAGUAAAGUCUUUACUUUCUCAGACAUGUAUUGUACAAUAUUAACAUAAUCUUCAAUGUUUAAUAAAUUCUAAAUUUCGUUCUUAAAA